AUGAUGAAGGAGAAGCAGAUGGAGUUUCUCCCUCUUUAUUUGGAUUUUAUAUUUCACAUGGACCCUUAUCUGGGCAUCUUCUUCCUCACUCCAUUCUUCCAGUCCUGCUAUGCCUGGUCAGUGAAUAAUUUCCUGAUGACGGGCCCCAAGGCCUAUCUCAUCUACUCCAGCAGUGUGGCGGCUGGGGCACAGAGCGGCAUCGAGGAGUGCAAGUUCCAGUUCGCCUGGGACCGCUGGAACUGCCCGGAGAGGGCCCUGCAGCUCUCCAGCCACGGUGGGCUGCGCAGUGCAAACCGAGAAACAGCCUUUGUCCACGCCAUCAGCUCUGCGGGCGUCAUGUACACACUGACCCGGAACUGCAGCCUGGGGGAUUUUGACAACUGUGGCUGUGACGAUUCCCGCAAUGGACAGCUGGGGGGACAAGGCUGGCUGUGGGGAGGCUGCAGUGAUAAUGUGGGCUUUGGGGAAGCUAUUUCCAAGCAGUUUGUGGAUGCCCUGGAGACUGGACAAGAUGCCAGAGCUGCUAUGAACCUGCAUAACAACGAGGCAGGUAGAAAGGCAGUGAAAGGGACCAUGAAGCGGACUUGCAAAUGCCAUGGUGUGUCGGGGAGCUGCACCACCCAGACCUGCUGGCUGCAGUUACCCGAGUUUCGGGAGGUGGGCACUUACCUCAAGGAGAGGUACCACAAAGCCCUGAAGGUGGACUUGCUGCAGGGAGCAGGGAACAGCGCUGCCAGCCGGGGUGCCAUUGCUGAGACCUUCAGUUCCAUCUCCAAGAAGGAACUGGUCCAUUUGGAAGACUCUCCUGACUACUGCCUGGAGAACAAGACACUGGGCCUACUGGGCACAGAGGGCAGGGAAUGCCUGAAGAGGGGCAAGGCGCUCAGCAAGUGGGAGAAGCGGAGCUGCCGGCGGCUGUGCGGGGACUGCGGGCUGGCGGUGGAGGAGAGGCGAGCUGAGAUGGUGUCCAGCUGCAACUGCAAGUUCCACUGGUGCUGUGCUGUGCGCUGUGAGCAGUGCCGCAAACGGGUCACCAAGUACUUCUGUGUCCGCAAGGAGAAGCGGGAGCGCAGCGGAGGUGGCAGAGCCAGUCGCAAGCUCAAGAGAAAGCUCUAA